ACCAUCGGGGCAGGGGCACCGUGACCAGACACGUCUACCUGGAGUUCUCAGGGUGCCCUGCCAAGGGCAGAUCCGGCCCGUGAGUACUCCCCAGCCUCUGCCUGUGCUCCUGCCUGAGAGACCAGGCAGCGGACAAUCCCUGGAGCCUGGGUCCAGCCGAGGGUCUGAAUCGCAAAGUGGUUCAAAGACAGAGUCACCCCGUGGAGCAGAGAAAUUGAGACAGGAGCCCAUGGACAUCCAGCAGCAGCAGGAGCAGUCCCCUCGGGUCAUGAGCUCGGACAAGGAUGGGACCCAUCUGCACCAUGGAGAGCAGGCCUGUAGCUCUCCCGCUGGGAGAUGCCAAGUCAGAGUCCCUGAGUACUCACCGUUUGCCCAGGGUUGGGACUUCUGUGAGGCCACAGCUGCUGGGCGGAGGGAUGCAGCCAUCCUGUGGGAGAGAAUGGGGCAGAGCUGGAGUCAUUCAUUCUCCCAGCCAGGCCCCUCUGCUACUGGUCUGGCCCAGGCACCUCGGGGAGUCCUGCAGCAAGUGUGCGCCCCAGCACCCCCAGGCCUUGGCCUUUUCCUGCUUUUCACUGCAGGAAUAAUGUCCAGCACUUCUGGCUCGGGCACUGUCUUCCUGAAGGACUUUCCUUGGGCAACAGCUCAGACCUCACUCCUGCUUCUUCUGGGACUUCUCCUGCUGACUGCUCUUGGUUUCAUCUGGAAACUUCGCCGAGAGAAAGAUCAAGAACGCUGGACCAAAGAACAACUCCAAAGAGAGCUCCGCUGGAGAAAAGCCCAGAAAGUGGAUGACUGGAAAAAAGCUCGGUCCUAUGCUGCUCAUGUGACUCUGGAUCCAAAUACUGCCUUCUUUGAACUCUUUCUGUCUGAAGAUCACCAAAGUGUGAAGCGGAGAAACUUGUGGCAGAAUCUUCCUGAAAAACCUGAGAGGUUUUCUUUUGACCCUUGUGUGCUGGGCCAUAGGUCCUUCUCUUCGGGGAGACAUUACUGGGAGGUGGAAGUGGGCGACAGGACUUACUGGGAGCUGGGGGUUUGUGAGGAAAACGUGGAUAGGGCUUGGGGGAUCACAGAAUCACCUCAGAAUGGAUUCUGGGCUGUGGAACUCUAUGCUAAUAAGUACCAGGCCCUCACCUCCCCUCGGACUGCCCUCCCCCUGAGUGAGCCCCCCAGCCGGGUGGGGGUCUUCUUGGACUAUGAAGCUGGGCAUGUCUCCUUCUAUAGUGUGGCUGAUGGGUCCCACAUCUACACUUUCCCCCAGGCCUCCUUCUCUGGGCCUCUUCGGCCUUUCUUCUGCCUCUGGUUCUACCACCCAACCCCUCUGACCAUCUGCCAUUGAACCCAUCUGUCCCCAUCCUUUCUCUCAGUUGAACGUACAAGGAUGAACUCAUCAUUGGGACUGAGAAGUCACAUUUCUGGGGACAAUGCCCCCAAGGCUCCAGCUGAGCCAGCAGGGAAGGCUGAGCCCCCCUGGCCUUUUCUGCAGAUAAAGACUGGAGACAGUUUAUAAUUCUCCAGAGUUGAGUGGUUCAGAGGCCAAAAAGGAUAAUGCAACACCAUAGAAUGUUGUCAAGAGAGGCUGGUGUUGCCAUCCCAACUGGAAACUGAAAAAGGAACCCCUAGAGAAACCAGAGACAAGAUACUGAUGGAAAGACUACCUGGGUGGAGUGUGAUCUCUGGUCUUGAGCUCCUUAUCUUUAACGUCUGCAUCACAGAACAGCUGGAAGCUGAAUCUGGAUGGCGCUUGGCUGUUUUCAACCUCUUUUCAUACAAAGACUUUAUUUCAUUUUGACCCACAUGCAACCUGGGGAGAGACUAAAUAAAGUUCACAGAGAAAAGUCACUUCUCCAGAUCACUCUGUUGGUCUGGGACUUGAUGGCACCUUCAACAUUUUUACAUCUAAUGCCAAUCAUAGUGCCUCUAAGAGCCCAAUCAUUCCUUAUAAAGCGAUUGUAAUGACCCUUUCAAUGACACUUUUCACCCCAGAUCCAAGAUUUACUUUUCUAGUUUGUGAAUUUGUUUACUGCUCCUUUCCCUAAUUAUCUUCCUACCUUUAGACUAUAGUUAAGUGCAUAUUAAUUUUUUUCUAUGCUUUAUGCAAAUACACACACACACACACACACACACAUACACACAGAGUUUUUCUAAUGAAAAUUGGGCUUUGUUAUAUAAUUGUCCCAUGACAUGCUUCUUUUACUUAAUACCAAGUCUUGGUGGCUCAGGCGGUAAAGCAUCUGCCUGCAAUGCAGGAGACCUGGGUUCAGUUUCUGGGUUGGGAAGAUCCCUUGGAGAACAGAAUAGCAAACCACUCCAGUAUUCCUUGGAGAAAGAAAUGGCAACCCACUCCAGUAUUCUUGCCUGGAGAAUCCCAGGGACAGAGGAGCCUGAUGGGCUGCCGUCUAUGGGGUCACACAAGUUGGACACAAUUGAAGCAACUUAGCAGCCAGUAUUCUCGCCUGGAGAAUCCCCAUGAACAGAGGAGCCUGGCGGGCUACAGUCCAUGGGGUCACAGAGUCAGACAUGACUGAGUAACUAACACAAAUCUUAAAUACUAAUCUAUAAUUAUUUGCAAUCAAGAUGGUUUUGUUUC